AUGGCUGAUCACAAAGGCAACGGCAACGGAAGCGACUCCAUCAAAGUAAAUAUUAUAUUGUAUAAUAAUAAAAAGUGUUAUUUUAGAUUCUGAGUGAAGGGAAGAGCUUAUGGUUUUACAAAGAUGUUUUAUUUUUUAUUUUUCUGUUAACUUUUCUACCAAAAAUCUUGCUCCAAUUUUAAGUUUAGCUUCUUUAAUGAAAAUCGAAAAAAAAACGGGAAAAUUUACGAAAUAUAUUUGUAUAGUAUUAUGGUUUUUUUUAUUCCUCCGAACAACUUUUCUACUUGCAAUUUUGCUCAAACUUAUAAUAAUAGCAAUUUUUCUAAAAGAAAAUUUCAUUGGAGAGGUACUUUAUAGAGGUCAUUUAUCUCAAGAUAUCAGAUUAUCUCAAGAGUUUUCUCAGCAAAUGUGAAAAACUAGGAAAAAUAUGGGAAAACGUAGGAAAAUCGGUACGUCAAACAAUUAUUUGUUAAUGAUAAUAUAUAAUACCUAUUUAAUUGUUUACCAUAAUAUGACACACAUAUAUAUUGUUGACAAAAUAUAACUAUCAACUGAACUCUGCACAGAAUCGUUUUUUUUGUUAGGUUAAUCGUUGCUAACAGAUAAUAUACAUUCAAUUAUCAAUAUUGACCAGAAAUCCUAUUAUUUGUAUGUAUUUAAAUAAGAAUAUGACUAAAAUUAUGGGCACUUUCUAUUUGUUUUUAUUGUAAAAGUGCAUUUAAAAUAAUACACCUAUAAAGAUUAAUUAUGCUAUACUUAUUAAUACUUAUAAAUACAUAAUAUAAUAGAACAAAAUAGUUACUUAUGUAAACCAUUGCUUACGAAACAAACGACUCUGAGCGCAGUUCAAUUGAUAGUGAUGUUUUUUCAUUAAUAUAUAUGUAAUUUUAUAGUAAAGUAAUUAAAUAUGCUUUAUAUAUUUUCUUUAAUAAUAUUUGUUUAAUGUUGUACUGAUUUUCCCAAUUUUCUUACGUUUAUCCAGGUUUUCACAUUUGCUGGGAAAACUUCUAAGAAUGUAUUUCAAUAUUGAAUGUUCAUUAGUUUGUAGUUUUACAUUGUAAACAAUUAUAAAACCCAAAAAUAUAAAAUAAUGUAAUGUUAUAUUGUAAGAGCAACUAAUAUUAGACAAUAGCAAAAGCGAAAACAUCUACCUCUACUACCGCCACAGUAUAACGAAAGUCUUCGUUAGCUGAUAUUGGUUUCAUAGAAUUACAAGUAAAAUUAUUCAAAUUACCAGUCAAAGAAUGACAUGUAAAUUUAUCAUGUACCUACUCAUGUCCUUAUUAUGUUUAUUUAAAAAUCAACUAUUUCAUUUUAUGUUUAUUUUUAUAGUGUUUGUUUUUUUUUUUUUUUUACCGAAUACCUGUAUCACUAAAUUUUUGAAAACAUAAACAUUAAUUUUUCUGAUAUUUAUCUAGAUAAAAAUGUAUUCAUUUUUAUCUUUAUUUGGAUGAAAUUUAGUUCACUUAUCUUUAUCUUUAUUUAGAUAAAAUUUAGUUCAUUAAUCAUUAUCUUUAUCUAGUUAAUUACUAGUUAUCUAUUUCCAACACUAGCCGUAAUAUAUUUCAAAUAAUACCUAGUGGUGUAUUGGAGAGAUACGCGGGUAUACAUCGUAUACCCGGGUGCAUAUUAACAAAGUGUAAAUAAUCUCGGCACCACAGAUAAAAUAACCUAUUUUCAUAGCUUAUAUUGCUCUCCAACAUUAAAUAGUCUUGUAGUUCAAUUAAUAGACAGUUUAUAGCAACGGUUCUUAAAUUGUGCAUUUAAAUCUUUCAAAAAAAGAUUGUGAACCACUAUUUAGUGUUUACAUCGAAUUGUCACCUGGGUGACAUAGGUUUUUUUCUUUUAGAUUUUGAGCAUAGUGAGGGAUCUAUUGGUUUUACUGUGACAUAUAUUAUUAUUGUUUUUUAUGUUUGUAUACAACUUUACUACCAGACAUCUUGCUUUGUCUUAUUAAACAAUUACUUCAAAAGACAAUUUUAUUUAGUUAGGGUAGUGUAUUUGAAAUAUUAUUUAUUAAAUUUUCACUGGAGUUGGAAAAAACUGGAAAGAAAAUUAUAGAUAAAACGGAAAAUAUAUUUAUGACUUUACCAAUUUCGUUAUUUUUAAUUUUAUCAAACUUUUUUCUACUAACAAUAUUGACAAUUUGAUGACCAAAUUAAUGUUAAUUCGAGUGUAGUGAGAAAAUUAGUUUGGAUAUUUUCAACCCAUUUUAAAUGCAUAUACAUAGACGCAAUUGAAGUAAAAAAAUUCGGAGGGGAGGGGUCUUAGCCCCCCUAAUUAUGCUUUAGUUACUAAAUUGAUAAAAUCGAAAAAUGACCUCUUUAUAGUACCUCCCCGCACCGAUUUCCUUUUAGAAAAGGUGCUACAAUUAAAAUCUAAACAAGUGUUCUGGUAGAAAAGUUGUCAACAGAUAAAAGAAAAUAAGAAAAAAAAACAUCUUUGUAAAUCCAUAAGCUUCUUUACUCGCUUUACUCAGAAUCUAAAAUUACUACCCAGAGAACACUUCCUUUCAGAAAAAAUGUUAUACUUGAUAAUCAGAGUAUGUUUUCUGGUAGAAAAUGUUCACAUAAAAAUAUAUAAACAUCAUUGUAAAACCAAUACAUUGCUCGUUCCACUCAGAAUCUAAAAUGACUUAGGUACUUUAUUUAAAACCAUUUAGAAUCAUGUAUUUUAAAAUGUACGCAACAUUGUAAUUACUAUAUUUUGCAUUAUCUUUGGGAUGAAACCGCUCCUCACUUUUGAUUUUCAAACGGCAAUUUAUUUUAAAAAUUCUGUAGUUAAAAAAUCCAAUUUUCGCCAAUCUGUUAACAAAAUAUUCCACUUUUAAGUUCGAGUAGGGGACUGUAGUAGAAUAUUAUUUGUGUAGCAGUAUGGAGUGCGGCAUUUGUAUAGUACCUAUAGAUUAUAAAACUAUAGUAUAGAAUGCAAUUAUAUAUAGUGAUGUCUUGGUUUUUCUUGCAGCAGGAAACAAUGCCAAGUAGCCGAGUAACCUCCCUAGCAAAACUGGCAUACUUGAACAUGAGUGACGACAUGAAGCUCGAGUGCAAUGAGCUCAUGCCCAAUAUCAAGGACUGUUGUGUGACGCUAUUCAACAUGUUUCGGAGACGUACAACCAUGGUGUAUGGUAAACACUUGUACGAUCACCGUUCGCCAAUGGCCAAACCCCAUCAGAAGAUAAUCGCGGCCGUGAAAAGCGGCAAUCUAGACUGGUUGAUGAUAGCUCAUGGUAACAGACAGUUGCCUGGCAAUCCUACAAGUUACUUGACUGCCUUAUACAAUUUGCCGUGCCUACGGUUCGCUCUCGAAAACGCCCUGGACGGCAAUCUGGAAUGCAUCAUGUAUUUGCACCGGCAUGGGUGCAACUGGAUAGAGGAAACGUGCAAUUUGGCCGCAAAAAAUGGUCAUUUUGACUGUCUGGUGUACGCGCACCAGAAAGGCUGUCCUUGGAAUUCAAACACUUGUGCCGAAGCUGCGGCUGGCGGACAUCUGCAGUGCCUUGUUUAUGCAUUUGAGAAUGGCUGUCCGUGGAAUCAGGACACUACUAGAAGCGCGGCCGUUAAUGGCCAUCUAAACUGUCUCUGGUAUGCAUUGUCAAACGAUUGUCCAAUUAAUAUGGACAAUGUCAUCAGACUGUUGAAUGACAUGAAUACCGAAUAUAGUGCACAAUGUCUGAAGUUCAUCAAAAGUUGGAAAGAGUAG